AUGGACAUGCCUGGCCUGCCCCAUGGACAGAGGCACCAGCCACCCCCCUGGACCAUCUCUGGCCCUGAUACCCAUGGUUGUUUCCCAAGCACGCGUUGGGGUUCACACGCGGCCGUCAAGGCCGGUGACGCGGUAGUGGCGCAGCGGCGCUUGCCAGCAAUGCGCCUGGUGCCAGCGUCCAGCCCUGACGGUGCUGGGAGCAACCACCUGCCAUGCCUGAGGAGGCGCGUGGAGGAGCCUCAUGGCAAGGCAGGUGUCUCAGGCACAUUUCUCCAUGGCACAGCCAGAGGGGCGUCUCUCAGCGCCGCUGCUCUCUCGCCCCAGCCGCCCAUCCAGGUGUACGGGCUGGAGGGCCGCUAUGCCACGGCACUGUACUCGGCCGCUUCCAAGCAGAAGAAGCUGGAGCAGGUGGAGAAGGAGCUGAGCCGCGUGCGGACUCUUAUGAAGGAUCCCAAGCUGUCUGGUGUUGUUAUGAACCCUCACACCAAGAGUGCAGUAAAACAAAAAGCUGUAAACGAUGUUUUAGCAAAAGAGAAGAUGUCCCCUAUAACGGUCAACCUGAUGAACUUGCUGGCUGAGAACGGGCGCUUGCGCUACACGCCAGACAUCGUGUCUGCCUUUGGGAAGAUCAUGAGCGCGUACCGAGGCGAGGUGCUCUGCACCGUCACCACGGCCCAGCCCCUGGAUGAUGCCAGUCUUACUGAGCUAAAAAGUGCUUUGAGUGGAUUCUUGGCUAAAGGAGAGGUCUUAAAGCUGGAGACCAAGACGGAUCCCUCAAUCCUUGGUGGAAUGAUUGUCAAUAUUGGGGAGAAGUACGUGGAUAUGUCAACAAAGUCAAAGAUCCAGAAACUCACCAAAAUCAUGAGAGAGACUGUCUAGCAAGCCGUCCUGUGCGUUCACAAUGAAACCUGUCACAUAAAUCUAAUAAAAUUACUGCUUCUCG